UUUUAUAACUGUAGUUUUUAAAACAAAUGUCAGCUUUGUUGAUUCUAGUCUUAAUUGUCACAGUUCUGAAGUCUUGUUUCACCUCUGCUCAGUCAGUGUUCUCCUUCGUGUCCUUGUUGAUGUUUUCUGAUCUUCAGCCUGCAGCCAGAGGGUCUCUCUCUAGGAGUGAGGAAAAGCCUGUUCCGGUUAACGUUUCUCUCUUCCUAGUUGGGUGAUGGCCUAGGCCAAACGUUGACAGUUGUGUUCUUGUUUGCUUAUCUGCAAAACAAUAAUAGGUUGUUACUAUUAUUUUGAUCUGGCUCAAAAGAGUAAUUUGAAAUUCAGUAAAGCUAGACAAAGUGUGACUAUUUCUCAUGUGUUUAAAGCCAGGUUCUGUCUCAAGGACGUGUUGUCAGGUAGAUUUUCACAACUAUUUGCUCAUUAAAUGAAAAAAAAUUCAAACCAAUUUGCUGUAAGGAAGGCCUACUGGGAUAAUUCAAAUAAAGGAAUCCCAGUAUAAGAAAAUUCCUUUCAGUAGACCUGUAGAUCAGCUUAUGGACAUCUCUGGUUAACUUUUGUCUUUUUUGUGUGUGUUUAUGUGUAUGGUGCUGGCAUUUAACUUGGGGUGUCAAGCAUGCUAAAGUUUUGCUUUACCGUUUUAACUACAUGCCCAGUCCUAGUCAUUUUAUUGGCCAAAAUAAAACAUUACCUGAAGAUCAUCGAGUUUGCUGCAUAAUUACUAGCUGUGAUGUGAAAGAACAAAAGUCAAGAAAUGCCUCAUUCCACAAACAAAGAACUAAUAUUUGCUAUCAUGGUGGGAACUGCUGGUAUCAGCUUGCUGGUUUUAUGGUAUCAAAAAGUUCGUAAACCAAGGACAGCAAUGAGUUUGCCAAAAUUAUUUUCUCUGGAUCAUACAUUUGCUUCAACAACUUUGCAAGAUAAAACAUAUAAUGGCCAAGGAACACCAGCAAUCUUUCAGAGAAGGCAACUUCAGAUAUUGGAGAAGUUAAAUGAAUUACUGACAAAUAUGGAAGAACUCAAAGAGGAAAUCAGAUUUCUUAAAGAAACUAUUCCAAAGCUAGAGGAAUAUAUACAAGAUGAACUUGGAGGGAAGAUAACGGUUCAUAGGAUAAGUCCUCAGCACAGAGCUAGAAAAAGAAGAGUGACUGUGGUUCAAAGUUCAGCAACAAGUAAUAGUUCAGAGGAAGCAGAAAGUGAAGGAGGGUACAUCACAGCUAACACUGACACAGAAGAGCCGAGUGUUUCAGUGCCUGCAGCGUUCAGCACACGUAUAGAGGAACUAAAGUUAGCCGUCCUCCUUCAGAAGGUUGACCAUUUACGCAUGACUGAGUCCGGCAAGAUGGAGAGUUUCGAACUACUGUGUGACCACAAAGAAAAGUUUAGGGAUGAAAUAGAAUUUGUGUGGCGGUUUGCUCGGGCUUAUGGAGACAUGUUUGAGCUGUCUACAGACACACAGGAGAAGAAACAGUAUGCUAACAUUGGAAAAACAUUAGGUGAAAAAGCUAUCACUAGAGCACCCAUGAAUGGCCACUGUCAUCUGUGGUAUGCAGUUUUGUGCGGCUAUGUAUCUCAGUUUGAGGGCAUACAAAAUAAGAUCAACUAUGGAUAUCGCUUCAAGGAACAUCUGGAUAUAGCAAUCCAGCUUUUACCUGAAGAACCCUUUUUGUAUUACCUCAAUGGAAGAUACUGUUAUACUGUCUCAAAACUCAGCUGGAUUGAGAAAAAAAUGGCUGCUGCUCUGUUUGGAAGAAUGCCAUCUUCAACUAUACAAGAAGCUUUGCAUAACUUCCUUAAGGCUGAAGAAAUACAUCCUGGUUACUCCCUACUCAACUACACAUACUUGGCCAAGUGUUACGUAGAUCUUGAGGAAAAUCAGAGUGCUUGGAAGUUCUGCAAUUUGGCAUUAUUACUUCCCACUGUUACCAAAGAGGAUAAAGAGGCACAGACAGAGGUGAAAGCAAUAAUCAAGUCCUUGAAGAGGGUGCUUGACAUUGAAGGAGACAGAAUACCUGAAGAAUGUUGCUGAAAUGUGGAUUUCUCCUGUUGGGCCACUAAGGCCAAGCCAUGGGUACACCUUUCAUUCACAGAUGAAGUACACCAACUGCUAACCUCGCAAAGAACAUCAUGCACAACUUUGGAAAUGGGGAGUUCAGAACCAGAACUUCAGAGGUGCUCAACUUCAGAAGAGAAGAAUCAAGUCUUUUUGCAAUUUCUCAUAAAACAUUAAAGAAGUAACUUAAUGUUCCACUAAAAGCUUAAGGCUUGUCAUGUCCAUGUGAUUGCACUGUUAGCUCUCUUUCUUGCUAAAUAACAAAUGGCCUUCAUUAUAACAUAACAAUUUAUGCCAUUUUUUAAUCGGAUUUAUAAGCUAUCCAAAGCUUCCCGUGUUAUAAUACCUUUUGUAUUUUUUAAUUACAGAAAGCAGUGGCAAAAUUGGAAAGGACCAUAAAUAAAGUAUUCUUCAGUCUUCUGAAGAACUUCUCAUCUUACCAAUGAGCAAUUUAAACUGAUGUACAGAUAACGCCACCAACAUCAGAGAAUUAUACUGGCUGCUCCCAGCUAGGUUCCAGGUCUUAAAAUCUCAGGUCUUCUGCAUACUACUUUGAGCAUAAGGCUAUUUGCAUUCAAAUGAUUGGUGCCUAAUGUACCUGGUACACUGUGGGGGCUCUGAGAAGGGUAACCAUGCAAUUUAUUUGAUCCUUAUAUCAACCCUAUGGGGAAGGUAUGUUUGAUUUUACCCUAUUUACAGGAAGGGGGACUAAAACAUAAGAUGUUAAAGUUCACCCCUACCACAGAAAGAAAUAUGAAGCUGGGUAGGCUGCUCCAGAGUCCGUGCUGUGGUCUGGGCCCUGUACAGUCUUGUCAGCAUAUGGGGGACAGGGGGACACAAGGAAUAGAAGAAGGUGGAUGGAGAGCAAGACAGCAGAAAGGACAGGAAAGGAA